AUGAGACCUCUGUUCAAGUAAGUUUUACUCCCUUCUUGAGUGAAAAUAUAUAUUUUUUGAUUAGAAUUGCGUUAACCAUGUUAAUCGGUGCAUCCAUCGUGAUUGCUUACAAAGUGUAUGCGAAGAAAUCGAGAAAACGAGGAGCAGCACGGAAAAUCAGUCGAGCAAAACGAGCAGAAUCUGCCGAUGAGAUUAUGUCGCCAAGUUCGGAGAUCUCGCAGGUUAGUUUACUCAUAGAACAAUGUUGGGUUAAAAAUUUUCACAUGGUCUGCACUCCUAUUUUUCCUGCUACAAAUCAAUUUUUCUUUAAUUUCAGAACCCUCUGCACAUCUCUGGCUCGGAAAAAGUUCGCCUCGACAACAAGCUGGGCAAAUUGCGCGGUCGAAAAUCGGACAGCGAAAUCCGCGAAAUCGAACAACAAAAUGUGGAUUUCCAAAAUCAUCAACUCAUUGUAGCAUCAAAAAAUGACAAGGCUACUUCUUCAACUUUAGCCUCAGAAACAGGAUCAACAACAACAUCAGGAUUGACAGUUUCAUCAAUCUCCAACUCGUCGAUGGCUUCUUCUUCAGCUCCAUCUUCAGCCUCAGCUUCGGCUUCAGGAUCUUCAGAUUUCCAACUUCCGUCACAAGAUUCGGGUGUCAGAAUUGCGGAGACAUUCAAUGUUGUUGAUCCAGAAUCAAAUAAAACUGAACCAAGCACAAUUAUCACUACAAGCACAAGUUCAAAUUUGGGAACAUCAAAAAGUGAAUGA